UUUAUUCAUGAAACAUUAAACACGUAGUUGACAUUUAUUGAAAAUUAAUCAAGUAGUUUGUAUAAAUUCGAGUUUCUUUUGGAUUUAGUAAAAAGAGUGAAAUAUUAUGGAGAUUAUUCUAUAUACAAUCAUUUUCGGUUAUCUUUUUAUUCGGACCGAAUUGAAACCGAUCGAUGAAAGUGUUACUCUUAAACUUCCUAUAGCUAUUGAAAGUGGAAUGAACAUUAUACUCGGAGGAAUGUUAACCGACGAACGUGACCAAUUAAGCUUAACAUUUUCGGGGAAAAAUAUGAGUCCACAAGAUGAGUGCCACGUUAAAUACAUUCCUGAAAAAAAAAAGUUUCUCCUAACCAACGACGGCAUAGAAACUUCUGUUUCCUUGCCGAAACCGAAAGUUAUAUCAUAUCCUUCACCAUUCGUUCUGCAAUUCAACGCCAGAACUGUAUUUGAAAAUGACACAGAUAAACACGUAAUGGAAUUAUAUUACGAAGGAGCUGGAAUCGUCAGGGGGUCUUUAGGAGAAUUUAUUAACUUCCAUUCUUUUGAUUUAGUCGAUUCUAUUACCGUGAAAGGAUUCUCAAAUGUUCAUAAUGUUACGUUUAGCUUUAAAAGAGAAGAAAAACAGUAAAUUUUAAAAU